UUGCUGAAGUUCAGACUCGCGCCUCUCCGCUCCUCCGGUUCCCGGCUUCCUCUCUUCUUCUGCUUCUUCUGUUCCCUUCAUCUCUCUCUCUCUUCCUCUUUCUCCUUCAUCACUCUUUCUCUCCCUCUACAUCCCUCUCUACCUCCCUCGCUCUAGCUCUCUCUCUCUCUCUCUCUCAGGCGCUCGUGUCUGUGUGGGAUCUGACCCGAAGAUGCUGCUGCCCCGGAGCAGCCCUCAUCCUCCUCCUCGCGCUCGAGCUUCGACUCUUCAGUGAGGAAGAUCAAAGCGGGAUUACUUCCGAUUACUUUUUUGUUUGUUUGUUUUUUUGCUUUUGUCUUCUUUUGCUUUGUUUUUGUUUUGAUCUUUUUUUUCUACUGAGCGCGCGAGUGAAAGAGAGAGAGCGCGCGCGCACCGUCGUCGUCAUCAUGCUGCCCGGGAUUAUUGUGGUGUUGUUGUUGUUUUUCUCCUCGCUCCACGUGUGUCGCGCGCUCCCUCCCGCCGCUGCCCCUCCUGCCGCCGCUGCCCCUAGCUCGCGCCCCUCUGCACCUGCCGCCCCUCGCGCCUCUGCUACCGGGCUCGUGCGCUCCGUGGACCGGCUGUAUCGCGGGGGCGGGCGCGCGGGCUUCCUCCUGGACAUGGACGGCCGUCGCUUCCAGCUCGACCUGGAGAGGGACGAGAGCGCGCCGCCGGCACUGGAGCGCGCGCUCGGGCUGGGGCGCGCGCGUGUGAGGUCCCGGUGCGCCUACCGUGGCACGGUGGACUCCAACCCCGAGUCGCUGGCGGCGUUCGAGCUGUGCGGCGGGCGCCUGCGCGGAUUCUUCGCGGUGGACGGCGCGCGCUACGUGGUACGUGCGCUCCCGCGCUCUUCCGUCUACUUCUACAGGCGCGAGGGAUUCAGCUUCGAGGCGGCGCGCGGGGCGGACGCGCACGACGGCUGCGGAACGCGCGACCCCGACGUCAUCAACGCCAACGACGCGGAGCAGCAGUCGGUGGUGCACGUGAGAACGGAAGGGAAGCGGCUGAGGAGACGCGGCAGGUCGGUGUCGCGCGCCCGGCACGUGGAGCUUCUGCUGGUGGCGGACGAGAGCAUGGCGAGGAAGUACGGCACCGAGCUGCGGCACUACCUGCUCACGCUGGCGUCCAUCGCCUCGCGCCUCUACGGCCACGCGAGCAUCGAGAACCCCGUGCGCCUGUCGGUAGUAAAGCUGACGGUGCUCUCGGAGAAGGAGAAGGGCCUGGAGGUUUCGCGCAACGCCGCCGCCACGCUCAAGAGCUUCUGCAAGUGGCAGAACCAGCAGAACCCGCUGGAUGACGACCACGAGCAUCACCACGACGCGGCCAUCCUCUUCACCAGGCAGGACCUGUGUGGGCAUCACUCGUGUGAUACGCUGGGCAUGGCUGACGUGGGCACCGUGUGUUCUCCAGAGAGGAGCUGCGCUGUCAUCGAGGACGACGGGCUGCACGCCGCCUUCACCGUCGCCCAUGAGAUCGGGCACCUUCUCGGCCUGUCCCAUGAUGACUCUAAGUUCUGUGAGGAGAGGUUCGGCUCCACAGAGGACAAGAGGCUAAUGUCGUCCAUCCUGACCUCCAUCGAUGCCUCUAAGCCCUGGAGCCGCUGCACCUCGGCCACCAUCACCGACUUCUUUGAUGAUGGAAACGCGGAGUGUCUGCUGGAUACGCCCCGCCAGCCUAUCCUGGGUCCUGAGGAGCUCCCAGGCCAGAGCUACGAUGCGGUGCGGCAGUGCCGGCUGGCGUUCGGGCCCGAGUACACGGUGUGCCCGGGCAUGGACGUGUGUGCACGGCUGUGGUGCGCGGUGAUCAGGAAGGGCCAGAUGGUCUGUCUGACCAAGAAGCUGCCGGCCGUGGAGGGAACGCCAUGCGGCAAGGGCAGGAUAUGCCUGCAGGGGAAAUGUGUGGACAAGACACGCAAAAGACACUAUUCGGCCUCUAACCACGGUAGCUGGAGCUCCUGGGGGCCGUGGGGGGCGUGCUCUCGGACAUGUGGAGGCGGAGUACAGUUUGCCCAUCGUCUGUGCAACAACCCUCCACCUCGCAACAACGGACGCUACUGUACAGGAAAGAGAGCCAUCUACAGGUCCUGCAGCGUCACGCCAUGUCCUGCACAAAGCAAGAGUUUUAGGCAGGAGCAGUGUGAGGUGAAGAACGGGCCUCAGACUGACCCUAAGGGAGUGAAGACGUUUGUGGAGUGGGUGCCCAAGUAUGCUGGUAUUCUGCCAAAGGACAUGUGCAAACUGACCUGCAGGGCCAAGGGCACCGGCUACUAUGUAGUGUUCUCUCAGAGGGUGAUAGAUGGAACUGACUGUAGGCCCCACAGCAGCUCAGUGUGUGUGAAAGGGAAGUGUGUGCGCACCGGCUGUGAUGGAAUCAUCGGCUCCAAGCUGCAAUAUGACAAAUGCGGCAUCUGUGGAGGCGACAGCACCAGCUGUAUAAAAGUGGCGGGUAACUUCACCAAGAGGAGUAAGGGCUACACUGAUGUGGUGAAGAUCCCAGAGGGCUCGACUCACAUCAAAAUCCGGCAGUACAAACCCAAAGGCCAGACUCGCUUCACAGCUUACCUAGCCCUCCGCCGACCUGGAGGAGAGUACCUUCUCAACGGCAAGUUCAUGAUCUCCACCUCCGAGACCGUCAUUCCCCUCAACGGUACCAUGUUUAACUACAGCGGCUGGAGCCAGCAUGACGAGGCUCUCCACAGCAUGGGGCCCGGAGCUCUCCGGGAGAGUCUGGUGGUGCAGAUACUAGCGACCGACGGCAAGAAGCCGCUCGACAUCCGCUACAGCUUCUUCAUGCCACGCAAGACGCCGCUGCCUCCUCGGACCACCUGGAUGAUUUCUGCCACGGCUGCGGCUUUGUCUUCGGGCGAGACGAUCACCAUGACCACGGAGGCGCCCUCCACGACCAAGCCUCCAACAACGACCCCACCUGGGCCUCGGUGGGUGACGGGCUCAUGGAUGACUUGCUCCAGGACUUGUGACACUGGCUGGCAGAGUCGUACAGUUCAGUGCAAGGACCCGCUGGGUAAGUUAAGUAAGGCGUGUCCUCUGGGAGACAGACCUUCGGCCUUCAAACACUGCCUGAUUAAAAAGUGCUGAAGAGCCUAUACGGGAGAGGACUUGCUCUUACGGGAAAGCUUGCUCUGCUCUUAUGGAUGUGCUUCUUCUUCUUCCGUGUCCGCAGUGGAAAGUCUCGAGAGGAGACGGACAAAUGGGAGCAUAGACACGUACAAUCUUACGGAGCAGAACCGCGCAAGGUUCUUUUACACUUGCAGUCGUUCGUAAUUGUUCUGAUGCUGUUUCAUGCCCUAAAAUGUCACUGUGGAAAUUGUGGAACGUGACUGAAUCGGCUCGCAUUCCGACGUUGACCAUGAAUUAGACGAGGAGCGCCAGCCCUGGCCUCCAGUACAACAUAGGGACUUCAUCUGCAGCCUGGAUUCACUGACAACUCAAUAACAAUAUGUAGCCACUCUUCUCCUGACCAUCAGAUAUCUUAUUCAGCCACUCCUCCUUUGGGGGGUCAGUGUAUUUUAGUGUGUAUCCAUCACGAAAUCAAGUUUGAACUGGAACCCAGCAAAGAAACCCAACAGAAAUGUAAUUCUGGGUUAAAGUAGAGGACUGCAAGUACAUAGAGUCUGAGCUAUUCCUGCACAAUGGGACUGUAGUAUGACUACUCUGGUUUUGGAGGUUGACCAUGCAUUACAAUGAUGCAGAUUAUCUACAAAUGGAAGCUUCCAUGCCCAUUGGAGUGUAUCAAUGUUGAGAUCAAUACCUGAUACUGUUGUCCUGUGUUUAUGUCCAGCACAUUCUCAAAAUGGCUUGAGGAACUUUCCUUCAUCACUGAAAGACCACAAUCUGUUGAUGUUAGGGAUGCACCAAAAUCACAUUUAUGGCUGAAACUGGACAAAAAUAAAUAAUUUUUAGAAUGCUAAACACUAAACAUGCUAUUGCUGGUUUUAUAAUAUCUACCAUUUCAUUGAAAAAAAAAAUAGAAUUAAUCAGCUGCCAGAGCCCUGAGAGAGCACAAUUGGUCUUGCUCUCUCUGGGUGGGUAGAUGGCGCUCGUAGGGUGAUGUGGAUCAGCACAAAGCAUCUGUGAGCUGAUGUAUCAGAACAGAGUCGCUGCGCUUUCCUCCAAAAAGAGGCGGAGUCUGGCUUCACAUGUGUCAGAGGAGGCACGUGCUAGUCUUCACCCUCCUUGCCUUUUGUAAUCACUAGUAAUGAGGGAUAUACACCUGAGUAGCAGCUGAAUGGGUGAGACAUUUGAACAGAUAAAAGGAAAACAUUAGAUAGAAAAAUAAUUAAAAACUAAAAGUUAAAAAACUCAUCUGACAUACCAACAAAGCACAAUGUGUUUUCUAACAUCAUAACAGCGCAAUUACAAAUCUCUGCAGAGGGCUUUUAAUUUGAAUUAACAGAUGCAGACAGAGGAACAAACCUAGUGUGAGAACUUUAUUUGCGAUGUUAAUAGUCUGGUUAAAGCUGCAGUGCUAACAGACAGAGCAGCCAGCCUUGCUGAAGCAUUAGCCGUGAUGCUAAUAGCCAGGUUAAAGCUGCAAUGCUAACAGACAGAGCAGCCAGCUUUGCUAAAUCAUUAGCCGUGAUGAUAAUAGCUGGGUUAAACCUGCAAUGCUAACAGACAGAGCAGCCAGCCUCGCUGAAGCAUUAGCUGUGAUGCUAAUAGCCUGGUUAAAGCUGCAGUGCUAACAGACAGAACAGCCAGCUUUAGCUUUUAUCAGCCAGGUUCAGAUGAGUUAAAAGCUGCAAUGCUAACAGAUACAGCCAGAUUAAAGUUUUUCAGAGCUGAUAAUGUUUCUCACAGGUAGUUGAAGAGUACCUGUGCAUGUUUUUUUUAACGGCUAACUUCAUUAGAUCCACUACAAUUUGACUUUUUAAAAAUCGUAAAAUUGUUUUAUAUAUUUUUUCCUCUUCUAAAAGCAAAAAAAUGUUCAGCCAAAUAAUUUUAGUGCAUCCCUAUUUGACGUCCAUGUCUUUACCUGUACUUAUCAAUGUUUCAUGGAUUAUUUUUCUGUUUUUGUUUGCCCUGGACUCCUGCAGCACAUGGGAUCACUCAGAUCAUGCCUUCUAUCCUUUCUCUGUUCACCCACUGCCAUUUAAAAUUCUCCAGUAGUUUUCAAAUCUUUAUCUGCCACUGCUGUACCAACCAUGGAUGCUAUUAUUCUCUACAUUAUAGUCGAAAAUGGGCAUUUGCUGAAUUCCAUUGGGGAAAAAUGUGAAAGACAUGAAAAAGCAUAUUUGUGUAAAUUCUGCAGUCAAAAUCAUUUCAAACUAAUUAAUUCAUGCUUUCUAAGAUGGGAGUGUUUUCCAAAGCAAAGAGCUUCAGACAAUAUGUUUCAGAGUAGUGUUGCAGAGUAGUACUACUUUUGACAGUGUUACUCAAGUUGGAUAAAAAAAACUUGUUGGCAACAUCAGGAAUAUUAAAUUGAUAAAAUGAUGUGGGGUUGAUGCUGCAGUUGGUUUGCAGGUUUAGGUUCAGCAACAGUAUGUGCUGAAAGAAUGAGGUCAGCUGACUACCUGAAUAUACUGAAUAUUAUUCCAUCAAUGGACUUUUUCUUCCCUGAUGACACGGUAAUAUUCCAAGAUGAUAAUUCCAGGAUUCAUGGGGCUGGAAUGGUGUAAGAGUUCAGGGUUCAGGGAGCAUGAGAUCAUCAUUUUCACACAUGGAUUGAGAGAGAGUUCACCACAGAGUCCAGAUCUGAACCUCAUUGAGGUUAAUCUUUGGGAUGUGCUGGAUGGAGAAGAGCUGCUUUGUGCAGUGGUCAGACUCUACCAUCAUCAAUGCUGCUGCAAGAUCUUGAUAAAAAAUGUAUCCAGCAACACUGGAUUGAAAUAAAUCUUGCGACAUUGCAGAAGCUUAUUAAAACAAUGCCACAGUGAAUGUGUGUUGCAAUCAAAUUCAUACAAUUCUGUAUGGGAUCCUGCAGCACAUUUACCCACGGAUGUUGCAGCAGCUGGGCCUGUAGAUCCUUUAGCUCUACACUCGUACAGGAAACCCUUGCUCUGUGUGGGUGAGCAUUAUCCUGCUGAAAAUGCCAGUUGGACAUCCUGCACUUGACAGGUUAUUGUAUGUAAUAUCCCCCUUAGAUUAUCACACCAUUGUGAAAUCCAAAACAUAACCUGGAAUUGUCACUAAAGACAAUGUGGCUCCAGUCUGUACCAAUCCAGUUUUAUCAUGCAUGACAUCCCUGCAAAAAAAACUAAUAUAAAUUUGACAACUGGGCAAAAUGUCUUUUAGGGUGUCUUAGAGGCAUUUCUAGAGGCCAAAAAUCUUUCACCAAGAGGUUCACCACCCAAAAUAAGCUUUAAUAGGGCAGGAGGACCCAGUGUGGUAAGACCCAGUGUCUAACAAUACCAUACCUGUAAUUACUUAUAUACAGUAUCUGCCUGAGACAUGACUGCAUGCCGAGUUUUGCAAUAAUCUGGAUGCUUUUUUAUCAUUGAAUGCCUUUCAAAUGUUUAUUUAUGGAAUUCAGCAAUUGCCUAAUAUACCAGAUAGAGAUUAUAUUGAAAAUGCUACAGUAUUAUUUAGAUGGACCCAUCCCAAAUUAACACACUGUCAGUUUCUGACAUACAGAGACACAUCAUCUUCAUUUCCAGUAACACAUACAUCACUAACACAUGAACACACAUGAACAACAUUCCCCAAACAUUCAUUCCCUUCUGCUCUAGGGUUGAAGUACAUUGAUUUUUAAUACAGAGAAGUGUAUUUAAAGAAGAAUAUUUAAAAAGAUUCACUCAAAUUUGGACCACUGACCAAAUGUCCCCAAACAGUUUAUUCUACAAACAUAUAAACACAUAUAAGUAGAAUUUUGUAUUGAAAUUCAGUCAUUGUUCUAAACCCCAGGGACCGGAGAUUUCAGCUCAUCCUUCAUGUAUCCAGUACUGUCUGCCUCUCGCCAUGGGAAACAACCCUUUGCUGAACGACAGAAAACGCAGCACUGAAACUAUAAUUUAUUGUUUGUACAACUAGUAUGUGGGAAAAAAAGAAAUACGCGAUGAAUUUAUUUAUUGUUAUGGUCAUUUUUUUUUUGUAUCGUUAUACAAAAUACAUUGUAUUUAACUAGGACUAUGAACAUGACUGAGCAGAAAAUGUCCUUUUAAAGAAAAUAGUGGGUCUGUUUUGUUUUCUAGUCAUCUUCAGAACAUGUAUAUAAAAUAUAUCUAUAUUUUAAA